AUGGCUGAGCGGGUUGUGGCUGAGGUGGUGGCUCGGCUGGCAGACGCCCUUGCAAGCAGUGAAGGGUCGGUGGCAGCAGCUGACGAUGAGGGCGAGGUGCCACUGGUCAACAUCCACGCAGGAGACGAGCGAGCAAGGAGGGAGCAGGCUCGCCAGCGGGUGCUGGGCAUGCUUGGCGAGGACUUUGCCAGUCGCGUAUCGGCCAUCGUUCAAGAACAGCAGCAGCAGCAACAACAACAACUGACACAGUUGGUGCAGCAGGAGCAAGAAGGCUUGCAGCAGGACACUGGGCUUCCCACAAAGCGUGCGAAGCGGGAGUCACUGAGGAAGCGGUACGUUGUGGCACAGACGACGCUUACAUCUGCGCUGGAGCUGUUACAGCCGCUGUCGGACAGUUCCGAGCAGGGUGCUGUCACAUACUCCACUUCGAGUCCCUCCAAGUCAGCAUCUCGGCCACCUGCGAGUGUAUCAUCACAGCAACCCUCACACCGAAAGCAGCAAGCACCGCAACAGCAAGGUCAACAGCAACAGCAACAAUCCCAACAUCAGCAAGAGCAGCCCCAACAGCAACAACGGCGACAACAAGCACCGCUGGCGUUGAAUAGUGUGGAGGUACAUGCUUCCAGUCUGGGACACGUGGGAUACCUGCCAACGCACGAUGUGUACCUGAUGCCGCGGACGAUGGUGGAGCAGUUCCACCCGGACCUGUUGCGGCGGCGCCUCGUUUUCAGCGCAGACCAGCAGCUGGGCGAGCUUGCACCGGCCACCCCGCUUGGCCCGAUUGUAUCGUGGCGGGCCAUCUCACAAGUGGAGCGGCGCAUUGCGCAGCAGGCGGACAUCCCAGCACAGGUGGAGGCGGUGAAGGCGGCGAUGCUCAAAGCGUUUGGCAAGCCCUCGGACAACCAGCAGCCCGCAUACGAGCCUGCGGAGGUGCGCAAGCUGUGCGGCAGCGUCACGGCACCGAACCUCUUUGACACCGUUGUGGGGUGGAUGACCCCACCAGCAGCGGCAACGCCGGUGGCGGGCCAGCACGGCAGCAGACGUGGCGGGGGUGCAGCUGUUUCGUCUGAGAGCGUGCGGGAGCGGCGGGAGCACAUGGCUGUCGGUGUGCUGUAUGCGCUUGUGCACGGCAUGUCGCAAAAGUGCGGGUGGUAUGCCCGCGACCUUGCGCAACUUGAGUCGCUGAGCGACUCUCGAAAGGCGGCGGUGAUGAACACGCGCGUGGGCCUCUCGCGAGCCACGCUGGCCAACUACAAGCGCGUCCAAAAGCAGCAGCAGCAGCAAGAGCAGCAGCAGCAAGAGCAGGAGGAAGUGGUUGAAGUGGAUGUGACAGCGGCGUGCGCGCGUACGCGAGAAGGCGCGGUGUCGGGCGACAGGGGGCGUUGUGCGACUGGCAGUGACGUACGAGUGCAACGGACACGUGUUUAUAACGGCGAUCACAACGAUGAUGAUGAUGGUGAUGGUGAUGAUGAUGAUGAUGAUGAUAGUGAUGAUGAUAACGCAGGUGAGGAAAGACAGCAGCGAGCGUCGUCUGCAGGACAGGCUGCUGGCGGCAUGAGGGAGACGAGUGGUACCAGUGUUGGUGUUGGCGUUGAUGCCCGUGAUGUGGACAUCGGCACUACAGGUACACAGCAGCGAGCGCAGCAGCAGCAGCAGCAGCAGCAGCAGCAGCAGCAGCAGCAGGCGCCACGUGAUCGCACACCAUCUGCGUCCUCGUCUUUGUCGGCAUCCGGCAAACCCACACCCCAAUCUCAGCGACACAGGGACGAGCAGCCCCGACGCCAACGACGAUCGCACGUGGACUGGCAGGCCGGCUCGCAGGACCCACUGCAGCAGCUCAUGGCCCUCCAGCGCGCACAGCAGCGCCUGCACGCCCUCGCACAGAAGCGCCCUGCGGCCGGAAACAGUGGCGGCGGUGGUCGAGGGCAGGAGGAGGGUGGUGGGUGAUUGUGAUGGGUGAUCGAGGUGAUGGUGGAGUGGCUGCUGGAAGCUUUGGCGACUUGUCUUUUCGUAACCGACACCAUAAAAGUCAGUAACGGAA